CUGAAUAAGGAUAAAAAUGGAUCCCCGAACCAGUGGCCAGGAUGUCCUCCGAUGUGAUCACUGUGAAGACAAUCUGGCACAAAUGUUCUGUAGUUUGUGUCCAGUGAAUCUGUGUAAGCUAUGUGUUGGAGAACACGUGACUGAUAUCUCCAAAAAGCAUGAUGUGUUACCCCUGAAUUUAAGAAAAUCCAUGAUUGUGUAUCCCCUGUGUAAGAUCCAUUCUAGAGAACACUGUGAAACUCACUGUGAAGACUGCAAUAUUCCAGUCUGUUCAAGAUGUGUUAAUUCUGACAAACAUAAGAGACAUUUUUUCACUAGUUUACAAGAUUUAUUGAACGUAAAGAAGAAAAGCAUUGAGAAAGAGAAAAAAAGGUUACAAGAAACAGUUAUCUCAACAUUUGAAGAAAUGGCGUCCGAUUUUAAAUCACAGUUAGUUGGCGUAGAUGAACAAUAUGAAAAGCUCACAUCAGAUGUUACAAAAGAUGGAGAAGAAAGGCACAGAGAAAUUGAUAUCAUUAUACAGAAAACUAAGGAUGAAAUUCAAGAGAUGAGAAGCAAACAUAAAAAUACUCUGAAUAAGCACUUAAAUGAAAUUGAGAAACUAAUUUUUGAUGUCAAAGAAUCUUUAUCUGAAAUUGAAGACAUUCUGCAAUCAAAUGAAGUUUUAAAAUCGCUGUCUUAUGAGAUUAGAUCAGACAAAUUUAUCAAACUUCCACCCAAGGUGAAUGUAAAACCUCCAGUUUUUACCCCUUCAAAAACUCAAGGACAGUUUUUAAACUUAUUUGGUUCUUUAUCACAUUUAUCUAUGACAACAGAAAAACAUGUCUUCACCAUGCAUUCCUCCGAAGCUGUCUCCUCUCCUAAAGUCAAACCAUUGCUUGAAGUACCAAAACUCAUUGCUUCCAUAAAAACUGAAUAUAGCGAGCUCUACAAUGUUACCUGUCUCAGUGAUGAAGAACUUUUUACAAGUGGAAAUGACAACGUCAUGAACAUAUACGACCCCCAGGGCAAACUACUGAAGCCAAUCCAAACAAAAUCAGGGAAAAAUCCUUUUGGAAUAGCAGUGACAAGAAGUAGAGAUUUAGUUUAUACUGAUCCUGAUGCCAAAACAAUAAACAUAGUGAAGAAAAAAAAUAUACAGGAAGUGAUCAGACUACAGGGCUGGAGACCUUACAAUGUCUGCAGUACCUCCUGUGGUGACCUCCUGGUUUUCAUGUCUUGUGAGGACAAACAGAAAUCAAAACUUGUCCGUUACUCCAAUUUCUCAAAGAAACAAAGCAUUAAGUAUGAUGAUCAGCUUAAACCUUUGUAUUCAUAUGGGGAGCUUAAAUACAUAUGCGAGAACAAGAACCUGGACAUAUGCGUGUCUGACUAUGGAGCCAAAGCUGUAGUGGUGGUCAAUCAGGAAGGGAAAUUCCGAUUUAGAUACACUGGUCAUCCCUCUACUAAAACAGAAAUAUUUAACCCAAUGGGUAUCACUACAGACAGUCAAGCUCAUAUCCUGAUAGCAGAUUAUAUGAACAACCGUAUUCACAUCCUUGAUCAGGAUAGUCAGUUCCUGUGUUACAUUGUUAAUUGUGAUUUAUACUUUCCAUGGGGCUUAAGUGUUGACACUAGAGACAACCUCUUUGUCGCUGAAUUUGGUGGUAAAUUGAAAAAAAUUCAAUAUAUGUUGUAAAUGCAAAAAGUAUAUGCAUCGCUAGAUGUU